GAGGAUACAGAGAGGGAAAUAGAGAGAGGGAACAGAUUGCUGGCUGCAAUACACAGAGAGAGAGAGGCAUCUGCUACAGAGAUGCUUGGUAACUAUGGAUGGGGAGGACAGGCAUCUUUGACGUCAGGAUUAAUGAUUGGUCUGUCAUCCGGCUUCCCUCUCCUGGUGUUAUCUGUGUACACAGCUCAGCAUCUACUUUCUGGCGAGUCCCUUUAUACAGAGACAUAUUCAGUGCAUUUAUUUUGUGCAGGUCUACUACUGCUGAUCCCCACCACCCACCCACCCUCCGUCUCUGGGAGGGGAGAGGAGGGUCUGUGCCACCCUGCUGAAAUGAUGACUGGAGCUGAUGAAUCUUGCAUGGCUUGGAGAUGGAGAUUGCUCUGGUGAGUUUGGAGAACGGAGGAGCCCCAGCUGCAGCUGGCAGUGCAGCAGAGGAUGGUGCCCCUGGCAAGCCAGGCAACACAGCGGCAGGCAGCAGGAGGGAUCUGCUCCAAAUCCCCAGGGCACCAUCUUGGCUGAAGGAUUGCAGCCCAGGGAGAGGAGGAGGAGAAGUCGGUGGGGAAAGCUGCCAGCAGCGACCACAACAUCAUCAUCAUCAGCCACCAGGGACCGGGCAAGGAGAAGAAGGAGGAGGUGGUGGUGGAGGUGGAGAAGGAGGAGGUGGAGGAGGAGGUGUGGGCGAUCGUUUGCAAAGCAGCGACAUGAUCAUGAGCUAUCCUGGCAGUCACAUCAAGGGUUGUGACAUCGAGACGGUGGUCAGGUUGGAAGAAGAGGAGCCCAAUGCCCACCACCACCACCCAGAGGAGGAGGAGGAUCACCACCUGGACAUGGGCAUCAUGGACCAUGAGAGCAACCAGCGGGUCAUCAUCAACAUCGCCGGCUUGAGGUUCGAGACCCAGCUGUCCACCCUCAACCAGUUCCCGGACACUCUGCUGGGGGACCCGGAGAAAAGGAUGAGGUUCUUUGACCCGCUAAGGAAUGAGUACUUCUUUGAUCGCAACCGUCCCAGCUUUGACGGCAUCCUCUACUUCUACCAGUCCGGGGGCAAGAUCAGGCGGCCGGUCAACGUCUCCAUUGAUGUCUUCGCCGACGAGAUCCGCUUCUACCAGCUGGGCGAGGACGCAAUGGAGAGGUUCCGGGAGGACGAGGGCUUCCUAAAAGACGAGGAGAAGCCCCUGCCCCGCAACGAAUUCCAGCGCCAGGUCUGGCUCAUUUUCGAGUACCCGGAGAGUUCCAGCUCUGCCCGGGGCAUUGCCAUCGUCUCCGUCCUUGUCAUCCUCAUCUCCAUCAUCACUUUCUGCCUGGAGACCCUGCCCGAGUUCAGGGACGAGAAUGAGCUGCCCCCGACGCUCUCCAAGGUGCUGAACGAUACCAACCACCAGCAGCAGCCUACUCCCCCAAGUGGUCUGACAGACCCUUUUUUCAUAAUAGAGACCACCUGUGUCAUCUGGUUCACUUUCGAGCUCCUGGUCAGGUUCUUUGCUUGUCCCAGCAAAUCUCACUUCUCCAAGAACAUCAUGAACAUAAUUGACAUUGUGGCCAUCAUCCCUUACUUCAUCACCUUGGGGACUGAGUUGGCCGAGCAGCAAACUAACAAUGGGCAGCAGGCCAUGUCCCUGGCCAUCCUGAGAGUCAUCCGCCUGGUCAGGGUCUUCAGGAUCUUCAAGCUGUCCCGACACUCCAAGGGUCUUCAAAUAUUGGGCCAGACAUUGAAGGCCAGCAUGAGGGAGUUGGGGCUGCUCAUAUUCUUUCUCUUCAUUGGGGUCAUCUUAUUCUCCAGUGCAGUUUACUUUGCAGAAGCUGAUGACCCAGACUCUCAUUUCUCUAGCAUCCCUGAUGCCUUCUGGUGGGCUGUGGUCACCAUGACCACAGUGGGCUAUGGGGACAUGAGGCCAGUCACUGUUGGGGGUAAAAUUGUGGGUUCUUUGUGUGCCAUCGCUGGUGUCCUCACCAUAGCCUUGCCAGUCCCUGUCAUAGUCUCCAAUUUCAAUUACUUCUACCACAGAGAGACUGACCAUGAGGAACAGGUGAUUCUCAAAGAGGAGCCAAGUAGUGGCCAGGGUAGUUGUGCUGGAGAACUUAAGAGGAGUCCCAGUAAAUGUUCCCUCAACAAAUCUGUGGUCCACUUGGAGAACGUUGAGGGCAUCAACAAUGGCACUGGCACUUUAGAAAAGACAAACCUCAAAGCCAAGAGCAAUGUGGACCUAAGAAAGUCCCUAUAUGCUCUGUGUCUCGAUACAAACAGGGAAACAGACCUGUAGGAUCACCAACACAAACAUGGACAAACUAGAAAAAAAACACCAUCCGAACAAAGGGAUAUUUUUUUUUUCUAAGAUACAUUUUACAAAUAGAGAAUGUUGUCGUCUCUAGGUAGCAUCCGAACAGUAUUUGCUGUGGAAAAUACAUUUUGUUACUAAAUUUUGCAGUAUUUCAAGUAAUUAAUAUAUUUUAUAAACUGAUAAUUGCUAAUUGUUGGAGUGAGAUUUUUUUUUUCCAUUGAAAUACAAGAGAUCGUUUAUUUUUCAAAGUUGGAUUUAAAAAAAUAAAAUAAAAAGCAAAAUAAUUGCAGGGAAUGAGGGAGACAUUAUAUACAUUUGCAAAAUGAAGACUUUUUAGAUAGUAAAAAAUGUCAGUUCCUCUCCGUCAAAAUAUAUAUUGUACAACUAUUUUAAGUGACAUUUUAUACAUACAUGUGUAUAUAUAUAUAUAUAUAUCCUCACUACGGUAAUUUACUUGUUGUGAACAACGUAAUGGUAAAUAUAGUAUGUGCAGUGAAUUUGGUGCUCUUGAAUAGCAGGAAAUAUUUUUUCUGAGAAAUAUUGUACGGUUAUGUAUAUUUAUAUGUGAGCCUUAAUUUAUUAAUGUAGAUUUAUUUCUUUACAAAAUAACUUUAUUAAAAAGUAAUGUUACAUAAUCUCAGUUUAGUCCUUUCAGUGUCAGAUGAGAUUUUUUUUUUAACGUUAAUAUCUUAAUAAAUGGCAGCCAGCUGCAUAGUGAGAGCCUAAAACAAAUGUUGAGAAGUUUUUUCUUAAGUGCUCAGAGAAGAAAAGGAACAAUGUUCCAAGUUUAUAGCAUACAACCAAACUAUGACAGAGUAGCAGUGGUCCUCAUAACUCAUGACAAUCUGGGCUGUUUAAUUAAUGUCCAACAUAUGUUCAGCUUGAUGAAUGCAUCAAAGCUCGCUUGUUAUGUUUUUGUGUCAUACACGCAGGGUAAAGGAAAAAUCGUUUUGUACUUGAUAUCCUCUUCAGUUUCUUACAGUUAAUGUGAAAAAAGAGCCUAGAAGAGACAGUCUGUGGGUGAUUGUGUAUUUUGUAAGCUCACCCAAUAACCCUUUCUGGUCUGUAAGCAAUGAGAGCCAAGAUCUGCGCCUUCCUGGUGUGACAAGAUAGACCUAUUCACAGGAUUCAAGAUAAAACUACAGCUCAAUAAAAUGGAUUCAAUAUUCAACAGUGACCCAAGACAGCUCCCUUAUACUCGGAACUACCAGAGAUUUGUUGGAAAAUUCCUGAUAUGCACGUGUGGAAUACUAAUGUCCUUAAUGCAAGUCUUGCACUUUUAAAGACUGAUGGACCAUAGGAGUCUGCACAAUCGGUUCGCAAGAGACAGACA